UCCAGACUUACUUCACCAAAGCACGUUCAAAACAGCCUCGUCCUACUAUCAAGCACUAGCUGAGAUGCACAUGAUCCACUUUACUUCCCAACGAAACGACGCGAUCGACUCCGCGGAAGAUUGUCGAACCAAGUACAUCGCACGUUGUCUGUUUCGCAAGAUCACUCGCGAAAUUCAGCUGUGCAAUGACAACGCUGGUCCUGUCAAAUUGUUCUGCGAUGACCUCAGACCUGGAAACGGUCUGUCAAAUGCCCAACAUCAAAUGAACGGCGUGGUGGACUGGGAGUUCACCUACGCAGCCCCCACAGGGUUUGCUUAUAGCCCGCCAUUCUGGUUACUACUCUGGAAACAGUGCUUAGAUGAUUGGACAGCAAGAUAUGAGAAGGUGCUGCCGGUGUUUUUGAAAGUGUUGAAGAACAAAGACCAAGGAGCAAUUGACCGAGGCAUCAUGAAAGAGAGCGAUCGACUGUCAGGAUAUAUGCUGAGAAGUUGGGAAAGUGGUGACUUCUGGCUUAAUUACGCUGCUAGAAAGAGCUGGGCAUUCGAUAUGAUAUACUGGGCUAAGAUCGAUCGGAGGUACUUUGGGGAUGGCAAAUUAAGCGAUCGGGUCAAGCUCUUGACUCCUGAUGGGAGGGCGGAGAUGGAAGGGUUUGUGUAGAUGAAGUUGAAGGCUGAGGAGGAGGGUGGUCUACCUGAUUAAGACAAGGCUUUUUUACCACACAAUUCAGCAUCAUUCAAGACCAAUGGGUACCAUGAAAUUGUUGAAUGUUCUGGCCAUGAGAGGCUACUUACCUCCAUUCCUAAGAAUAAGAGUCGGGUUGUAUAGUCAGAAUUAUAAGCCAGG